UUCCAAUCAGCACUCGGACUCAGUUCUUAUUGAUAUCAUCACAAGUACAGUCGUUGCAAUAAUGUUGUUUAUCACAUUGUUAGUUAUAAGUGCAAUACUAUUGACUAUUUAUAAAUUUUUCAUAAAAGAUAGACAUUACUGGAAGAAAAGAAAUAUUCCAGAAGUGCAAGGUAUCACAUGGAAAUUUAUCACAGGCAAGAAAUCUUUAGCCGAAAUUCAUAAAGAAAUUUAUAAUUCUUACCCCGAAGAUGAUAACAUCGGCCUGUAUAAUGGACCAAAACCCGCUUUAAUUAUAAAGAACUUGGAAAAUAUACAAGCGGUGUUACUCGGCGAUUUUCAAAGCUUCUUCAAUCGCGGUAUCAACACGAACCAAAAUGAUAAACUUGCGGACAGUGUACUUUUUAUGGAAGAUUAUGAAAGGUGGAGAAUUGUAAGAUAUAAAAUCUCACCAGUGUUUACUAUGAAAAAACUAAAAAAUAUGUUUUAUAUAAUGGAGCGGUGCGCUAGAGAUUUUAUUGAUUUCAUAGAAAACAAUCAAGAAGCAAUGAGCAAACCAUUCAACGCUUUGUACACGUACACGACGGCUUCAAUAACUGCAUCUGUUUUUGGAAUUGAUGCAAAUACUGAAAACACUAUGGACUCACCUUUUAUUGAUAUGGCUUCAAAGGCAACGGCACCGUCUUUCAUAACAAAUUUAAAAUUUUCCCUCGCCAGUACAUUUCCGAAGCUUUUCAAAUUACUGAAAUUAAAAUUCUUUGGUGAUCAAGAAUCUUAUUUUAUAAACAUCGUAAAGCAAGUGUUAAAGGAGCGCCGCAGAGACAAUGACAAGAGACACGACUUCAUUGAUACCUGCAUUGAGUUACAAAAUGAAGGUGUUAUGCAAAAUGUAGCAACGGGAUAUCAGUUGAUACCAUCUGAUGAACUGAUGGCGGCGCAGGCAUUCUUUUUCUUCAUCGCCGGCUCUGAUACAUCAGCGCAUUCAAUGCUCUUCGUUUUGUUGGAACUUUCUGGAAAUCCGGAGAUUCUUAAGAGAUUACAUAAAGAAAUUGAUGAUGUCUUCGAGAAAUGUAAUGAAAAAAUUACCGUCGAUGACAUCGAAGAAUUGAAAUAUAUGGAUAUGGUAAUAAAUGAAGCAUUCAGAAAAUAUCCAACAAUCGGUACGAUACAAAGGAAAUGUACUAAAACAACUACUUUGCCUGUAGGAGAAGUGAAAAUUGAAAAAGACGUGCAAAUUAUUAUACCUACAUACGCAAUACACCGAGAUGAAAAGUAUUACCCUAAUCCAGAUCUAUUUGAUCCUGAAAGAUUUUCUCCAAAAAAUAUUUCUAACAUACCUAAAUAUGGGUAUCUGCCAUUCGGUGAAGGAAAUCGGAUUUGUAUCGGAGCAAGAUUUGCACGUCUACAAAUAAAAGUUGGCUUGGCGUGGCUUUUGAGACGGUACACAUUGAAGGAACAAGUCUACGAACCGAAAUGUUUUGAACCCAGCUUUUUCGCACUGAGAGAUACAGGAGCUCGCAUUGACUUGAUUCCAAGAAAAGCUUAAAAUUACCAUUGAAUUUUUAUCUACCAAUAAAAUGUAUCACGUGUUUACAGCCUGACCAGGAGUUUAAAAAAUCUCGUCAUAUUGCGGAAAAAUAAGAUACUAAUAAAAUAAAUAAAAAGCCGAUCGAAGCGCCCCCUGGCAAGGAUUUCCAUAUUUUGGUUACGCUAUUAUUAUUAUUAUUUUACAAAAUCAUAGUGUCAGCUCUUGUUUUCUUAAAAAAAAAGGCGUACCUAUCACACGAUUAUUUUGUCAAUGGAAGGCCAAGGAUUAAACAGCUUUGUAACGACAACUUUUGGUUCUGCAUGUCAUAAAAAUCAAUAUGUAAAAAAGUACAAGAGUUAAAAUUGCAAAGAAACCACACACGUAUUAUAUUGCAUAGGAAUACUUUUCCUUUUCAUCGUAUGAUGAGAAAUAAGUUUAAAUAUAUAUACUUGAAUAUAUGCAUGGUUCGUUUUUCUUUGAUCUUCUGACGACGGUUGGGAAGUGUCUCAUUUCCUGUUAGCAUUUAUCUUUGAUCUUGCUUUCAAUUGUACUUUUAAUGGUAUAUUUCUGGCAUACUAUAGACAUAAGUGAAUACGAUAUAUGAAUUGAAAUGUAACUAUGUCUGAGUUACGAAAUU